GUGAUACUUUUUUUAAAAAAUACCUGACUAAUUCUUAGGUUUGUUUUAACACGAGAGCAGAACAAAUGCAGAACGCGGUGAUGUGGGUUUCGAUGGAAAGAAGCGCUGAAUUAAAGAUCUUUGAUGGCAUCAUCUGCAGCUGAGUGCCCACGCACACUUAUACGCUCACGGACACCCGCACGCGCACGCACUCGCACACGAACACACACAUGCAUACAGUAACACGCACACACUCUUCCUUCCAUUCACUCACCACACGCAUCCUCCCUCAUUCUCACGCAUUUCCCAUUAAGUGUCGGACGCAGAGCAGCUAUGGGCUGGAUGCAUCCCCAUCUUUUGUCCAAAUCGAAUCCACUGCAUAUGUCGCUCUUUUUUUUUGGACCAAUCCACAAUCCGCUCUUCUCGCGAACAAACAGCAGUCCUCGCGUUUACCUGUUCUAAACGACAGAAAGAAAAGAAAAGAAACCGGGCAGACUUGUGGCCGCACACUCACUGAUCGACAGUGGCAGAGUGGACAAGAGGAAAACCACCCAAGGAGAAAGACUCGGCGCAUCUCCGCCCCUACCCCCCCCCCUUUAUUUAAUUUAGAUUUUUUUUUUAACAUUACUUUCUUUCGAAGCUGACGUCUGGUAGCCCGUGGUGACCUUGAGAAGAAACAUCUCGUUAGUGUUCCCAAAAGGUAGAGGUGGAAGGUGCGCGCCGAGUAUCCAGACGUGUGCGCGCACUCACGGGAGGUGAUGACCGCCUUCCAUCACCUGAACACCAGGCUGCUGCCGCUCAUGAUAAUCAUCAUGAUGAUGAUGGGAUGCUUGAUCGUUGACGGAACUGCGCCAGCUCCCCCAGUGAACGUGUCGGUGACCCAGCUUCGAGCCAAUUCGGCCAGGGUGACCUGGAACGUGCCUCUUGGAGACACCGUGAUUGGCUAUGUCAUCUCGCAGCAGAGGCAAGAUGGCCUGAUGCAACGCUCCAUUCGUGAGGUAAACACAUCAAGUCGAUGGUGUGUGCUGUGGGACCUGGAUGAGGACACACACUACAGCGUGCAGGUGCAGUCUGUUGGACUCCAUGGCGACAGCCAACCCAGCCGCGCCAUCCAUUUCAGGACCUUGGAAAGAAGCGACCACUACCCUGCUGGAGUGCUUGACCACCAUGAACCAGCAAUGGAGGGUUUGGGAAUGUCGCCUCACUUGCAGACUGGAGAGCUGCUCAUAAUCACCACAGUGCUGCUGCUAUGGGCAGCUGUUAUCGCCCUGUUCUGCCGCCAGUACGACAUCAUCAAGGACAGCGACACGAAUGGUACCCGAGAAAAGACCAAGAGGCCGCUGGUUCCGGUUGCUUCCUCCUACUACAAUGCCUCUCCCACCAGCUCACCCAUCUACCACAACGGUGCCAUCCACAGUGGCAGGCUUCACAGAGCCUCAUCCUCGAUAAGCAUCAUCCGAGUCUGAGGGCUGUCCGGGUCCGCAGAGUUGCAUUGUCAAGGAACUUGCCGUGAUUUGAUCAUCACAACCCAAGAAACUAAACGGGUUUGAACAAAAGCCCAUUUUAAAGUAUGACAUGACAUGGGAAAAGCAAGCAGCGCUCAAUGCCUAUGAAAAACUCCUGCGAAGAAAUAACCACCCUGGAAGAGGUCAACUUGCCACAAAGACUUGGCCCUUUGUUGUGGAGGGUGUGGCGCUUUCGCUUUCGGCCCUGCCCAAAGGACAGGUUGACUUCUUGUUUCCAGAUGUGCUCCUUCAAAGACUUAAGCAAAUGUUUGCAAGCAUGACAGGCAAAUCUACUCAUCCAAGUGGUUUUGUUGUUGUUUUUUGGCACGUGUGUGUGUGUGUGUGUGUGUGUGUGUGUGUGUGUGUGUGUGUGUGUGUGUGUGUGUCUUUGUUUUACUCAGUGCAGGGCAGUCAGCUUUUGCACCCAGCGGCUUUGGCUGAGCAUAGGCAGGAGUUUUUUUGUUCGUUAGAUAGUUUAUUUUCUUCAUUGGGUCAAUGACUAAAUUAGUAACACCACUAUCAUAGUAAUAAUGCAUUUUAUUUUUGGUUGACUUCCAAGUCACCCACGACCACCGGAAAAAAAGAGCAAUACAAAAUUAUGAAAUGCGUAUAAGGAGUAAAAUAAAGUCAAGUAGUCCUAAACAUAAGAAUCAAUACAACACAUGAUGAUGAUACUUAUAACCAAACCAAUUCUAAUGAAUAUGCCUGUUGAGGCGUGUUUUGACUAAAGGUGCGUCGUCAAUAUUCUUAAACACAAUGCAGCCGGACACUCCCGGUUACAUAGGCCUGUUGAGGCGUGUUUUGACGAAAGGUUUUGAAUGUGGUGAGGGAGUCUGAAUUUAUUCUGCGAGGUGGGAAAGUGGUCCAAAACUAGGAGGUCUAUAUGUUACUUUUUGCUAGGGUUGAUUGUGUCCGCAAGUAGACCACUAUACAGGAGGUGCCGUCGCCAUGGGCAACGCAACCCGAAUUUGUGCGUUGUUCACUGUCACUAACCUAUGCUAAUGUCAUAGUAAUAACAUAAUUGCAGCAAAUAUUUGUGUG